AUGCCUGAGAAGGCCGCUCGAGACAAACCAGCAACUAAUGCGCUCCCUCGACGCGCCGCGGCGCGCAAGGCCUCGAAGCUAGCAGCGGAGCAGCUCGAGAGCUCGCCUAUUCCGUCCGACGCCGAGAACGACGGUGGCGUCUCUUUCGGCGAACCCUCCACGCCUCGGGGCACUAAUGUGAAAGUGACCUACGGGGGCAAACGCAAGUACAAGCUGUCCCCGGUGGCCAAGACAAGUCCAGUUGUUCAGGCAGGCCCGUCCCGGAUGCGUCCGCGGUCCCAGUCUCUCCUGGAGGAGAGCCCUAGAAAACCGAGAGGCAGCGCCGGGCGGGGGCGCGGUGCCCCCAGAGGACGCGGGGCGAGGAAGACGACAAGGAAUAUCCGGGCGAGGUCGGCUUCUACUACCUCUUCGUCCUCCGAGAGCAGCGCCGGGCACUCCUCCGACCUCAUCGAGUACGCGCCGAAGGCCCCCAGCGCGCGCCGCGCCGCAGCUGCAGCUCCCGAUCACACUAAACCCGCGCCGAAGGUGGGCACGUCCAACGGGAACGGAAACGGGAACGGCGCUGCGGCUACCGUCCGGGACAAGAAACGGCCGCUCUCCAUCUCGUCCUCCGACAGCGAGGGGAGCGUGCUCACCCCACUGCAUUCGCCCGAGAUGAACAAGAUGAACAAGUCUCCUGCCGUGCGACAGAUGCCGGUUCUUGCGCCGCGACUGGCGCGUCAGUUCAUGCGCUCGCAGUCCCAAGCGGAUGCACUCAAAGGCUCUGGCAAGAAGAGCGUGCUGAAGCAGUCGAAGUCGUUUGACCACCUUUUCAAGCUCGACUCUUCGUCCGAGGAGGACAGCCCUGACGACCAUGAUAUUGGGAGUCUGGUGUGGGUCAGCAUCGACCUCGAGGGUAAUCUCAUGGACUGCGACGAGGACGAAGCCGACACGAUAUGGUGGCCUGCCAAGGUUUAUCUUCCGAGACCAUGUAUGCGCGUGGUAUUCCUCGGGGAACCUCCGGGACGUGCGGACACAGGGCCCCGACAACUCACGAUUCCCGACCCAUCGCCGUCCAACGUGCGCUCGAUGGUGCAUAACGGCCGAAUACGCUUCAGCGAGACGGACUGCAGGCCGGCGCGACGACCGUCAGCUCAGUCUUCUCCGCGCAAGAAGCGCAAGACGGAUGUCGACGCUGCGUGGAGAGAGGCGCGGGACCUAAUGCUGCGGGAGGAGCAGGCGCAGAACGGCGGAGGGCCGUCGGUGCUGCUUUCCUCUGACGCCCCGCCAUCGUCGAAGGGCGCAAGACGCAAGUUGAACGCGUUCCCUUCGCUUGACAUUCCGGCAGGUCAAGGUAAAGGCAAAGGGAAGGGAAAGGCGAAACGCAAAGGCUCCGAGUCCGAAGUCUCGCUGUCCGACUCUGACGAUAAUGCCAGCCCCGAGUCGUGGAAGCACACCUGGCGCGCGCCAUCCGCAAAUCCGCUGCUCGAGAUCCCCGGGGAGCUCGUCCUCGCGAGGGAGGGCCGGGCACGCACGCAGUACUGGCCUGCGAAGCUGCUCGAGUACUUGAAACCGAAGAGCGAGAAGCAGCGGCCGCGGUACCGGGCGCUCUUCUUCGAUGGCACGGUACUGCAGAUCGAGCCCGAAUGGUUCUGGACGACAGCCGACGACGAAUUCGGGACGUGUAAGAUGGGACAGUCUACGGGAAACUACGGUCUAGACAGCGACGUCGACACAGACGACGAUGGGGAGUUUCCGGAAGAUUUCAACCACCCAUUCACCGCAAAGGACGAGAAGGCACUGCGCGCGCCCAGCCCGCUGCCCGAGCUCCCCCCACCCGCGCCAGAAGUGUUUGAAUAUGAUUUAGAGCUCACCGAACAGUUCGACUACGUCAAGCCCGUGCUCGCAGCAGUGAUCGAGGGCACCUAUGGUCCCUCUCAGGCAGCCCACGAGGGCUUCAUGCGCGGGGCCGGCGCCCGCCAGAAGGUGCUGAACACGGUGCCCCUCCGCGGGAGCCUAAGCGCGCGCGACAAGGAGGAGGUGGCGUACCUGGUGCGCGCGUGGGCGCGGCGGCGGGAGCGGCGCCGCGAGCUGGGCGUGAGCGUGGACUACCCGCCCGAGAAGCUUUACCCGCCUGUCCGGGACAGCGCCGGAGAGGCUAAGACACGCGCAGCGGGCGACAAGGAGGCUAAUGGACAUGGUGGCGGCGACCACGACGAGUCGGACGCGGAGAGCGUGCUAACGCCGACCUCGGACGCCUCUGGGGGCGACACGGAGCCACUAGUUUUCGAGACGGAGCCACCGUCAUCCUCGCUAGCGGCGACGGAGGUUGAAACAGAUGACGACGAGCAGGCGCGGAUCGUGGACGGUGUCGCGGGCGAGGUCGCUGUAAGUGGCAGCGGCUGGCCUGCGGGCCUGUCGAGCGGGGCGCUGAUGAUGGGCGACGACGAUCUGCAGCAUGCCGGCUCGGUGGGGGACGUGCCAGCUGCCAAUCUCCCCUCCGAGAAUCCCACAACACACACAGAUGCGCAUGAGAGCCCCGAGGAUGCAACGGCGGCUGCAGGCAGCGAGACGCGGGCCCCGCCGCGGACAACGUUCCACGACCUGGACACCGUGGAGAAAUUAACGUACUGCAACAACGUGCUCCUGCAGGAGGCGAUCCUGCAGCUGCUGCUGUGGCGCACCGGGCAGCGGACGGCGCUCGGGCUGCUGUCGCCCGCAGAGGAGCGGCGGCUGCACGACCUGGCGAUGGAGGAGGGCGAGAAGACGAACUGGGUGCACGACAUCAUACGGCUCAGACAGGCGGCCGAGCAGAGCAUGCUCCCGACGCAUGCAGCCAAAGGCAAGGAGAAGGCGAAGGCGGCGGAGCCCGCGCCGGGCGGGCGCGCACGCACGCGACGCGCGGCGUGAUUGGCUCGACGCGCGGUACGGCUCGGGCUCUGUAGUGUCUGUGCGCUGCCGUACGGGGGCUCGGCAACUUACGCGUUGCUACCUGGGGAGAAGCUGGAGAAGCGGGGCGAGAAGGGGAAGGGACGUCGCCCCGGGGAUGGGGGUGGCGCGCAUGCAAUGUACGGUAGGGCGUGCGACCCGCUGCUGGUAUCUCAUAAUGUC